AUGUUUCAACAAACUCAAUCAAAUAAUGAUUUACCUCGAAAUUAUCUUCAAUUUCAUGAAAAUGCAUUUGUUUCUCCUCUGAAUCUUAUUAAUGUUACACAUCCUGCACCGAUUUCUUUCGGUCGAGCUCCACAUUUUCUUCAACAAACAAUUCCUCGUUUUGAUACAACAAUGCCAUCAUCAUCAUCACCUCAACUUCAAUCGAUUGAUACAAAUAAAUUAAAUAUGUAUCAAUUUUUAGCAAAAAGAAAACUUAAAGAAGAUCAAUGGAAAAAAGAAAUGAAUGAAAAAAAUCCUGUUCAACCAACAUUUCAACAACGAAAUGUUCGUUCAUCACAAUCACAACAGCGUUCAAAAAAUCCUUCAAUACGUUCUACAUCAGUUCCAAAAAAACCAAUUGUACCUAAAAAAGAUAAUAGAAAUGAAAUAAAUCGUUCUCCAAGGACACCAACACCAAUUCAUAUAACUCGUCCAAAUGAUCCAUAUGCUGCACUUUCAAUUGGCAAACAAAAUGAAAUAAUUGAUAUUCAUGAACAACUUCUUGUACAAUUACGUAUUUUACAUAGUCCACCAGCAAGAGAAAAUAUUAUUGAUGAAACUGAACAAGAAAAACAACGACGAAUAAGACUUAAACGUGAAAGAAUAAAACGUGAUUCACGAGCUAUUUAUAAUGCACAUCAAGAACUUAAACAAAUAAUUAAUGAUGCUCAGCAGUCAGAUGCUAAUUUUCCUCGACUUAUUCAUCGUCAUUUAAAUGCUUAUAAAGCAAUUUUACUUGCUGUUGAAACUCUUGCAAAUGAAGCUCCACUUAAACCACAAGAUACACCUAUUCAACAACUUCUCACUGCUCUACUUCCUGUUCUUGAAACUUUAACAAAUGCAAAUUAUGCACUUCGUUUAUCUCAAUUAAAUAUUGAUCCAUCAUUUCUUCAUAAUCCUCCAUCAAAAAAUAUUAAUCGACGGCCAAUUUCUGAUAAUCGUGCAUCACCAUCGAAUCAACUUUUACCUACGAUUUAUAAUGAAUUAAUAAAAAAGAAACAACAACAACAACAACGAAAACCACGAGUAAUACCAUCAGUAUUACGUCCACGUAGUGCUGAAUCAGUACGAUUACCUCGUACUGAUACUUCAUCUAUAACUCGUUCAACAAUAUCAAUUCAAAAUAAAGCUCGACCACGAAGUCAUUCACCAUUACCAUCAAUAAAAUCUGCUUCAACGAUUGAAACACCAUUUUAUUCACGUUAUACGAUUGAUCAUAUUCUUGGUAAAUUAGCACCACGUCUUCUUGCUAAUUAUACUGGACGUGAAUUAUCUGAACAAAUUGAACGUGCACGAACAUUAAUUCCAAUGUUUCUUGUUGAUAAUCGCUUGACUGAUGAUGAAAUAGUUACACGUGUUAUACAAAUGUUAAUGCCAAGACAACAGCAACAACAAGUUCUUACAUCAACAACUAGCUUUGAAGUUUUAGAAACACCAGAAGAACGUGCUCGUCGUGCUAAUCUUGAUAUUUAUCAAACACAAAUUUCUACAUGGGAAGAUGAAAUGUCACAAAUUCGACAACGUAUUCAAAAUUAUAAAACAAAUCGAUUAGAACAAGAUACAACAAUACGACGAACAGUUAAAUUUCAAUCCGAUCCAAUAGAAACAUCUAUAUCACCAGAAAAUGUUCAUAUACAUAGGCCACAUCUUGAAUAUACACUUGAUGAUUUUGUAACAAAAUCAAAUGAAAAUAAACAAGCAUUUGAAAAAACAAUUGUACAAUCAUCAUCUCGAGGUUAUAUUCGAUUACAUGGUUUAGAUUCAAGUAAAAUACGACAAAUUGAACGUUAUCAAAGAGAUUUUAGAAAUUAUUUACAAAGAACAGAAGCAGCUAAACAGGAUGAUUUUGAUCCAUGUCAAGUUAUUAAUAGAUUAUCAGAAUUUCUACUCGACGAAGCAUUACUUUCUGUUGUUAAUGAAGUCGAAUUAUUAACUAUUGAAUUAAGUCAAAAAUUAGUUGAAAAUGAAUUACUCGGUCGAGAAAUAUCAUUAGCUGAUGUUGAAAAAGAACAAAAACAUCAAUAUCGACGGCCAUUACAACAGGUCGAUCGAAAACAUUCACCAAUAUCACCAUCAUCUCUUAAUGAACGAUAUACAUCAAGUUUCGAAGAAGAUAUUAAUACUGAAAGUAAAAUAUCUCGUUCAGAAGAUGAUGAAAAUAUUCCACGUCGAAAAUCACCAAUGGAAGGUACAGGUCGUUUUACAACAACAACAACAACAGCAUUUGAACAGCGAAAACUGUCACGAAAUCAACUAUCAUCAUCAGCAUCAUCAACCUCGUCGCCGUCUGAUUCAGAAAAAGGUAUUAUUCUUAAACCUACAAUUGUUGUUAAAAAGCCAAGUUCAGCUCAUGAGGACAAUGAUCAAUUUUCUGAUCGUGAUGCUGAUUCAUCAAUAUCAUCAAAACCCAAAGGACGUCAACAACAAUUACAACACCAAUCAAGUGUUGACGACGAUGAUGAUGAUGAUCUAUUAUUAAGUACAAAAACUGGCGAAAAAAUUUAUUCAACUGAUUUUGAAGAAUCGAAAAGUAAACCUCGUAAUAUCAGUAAUUAUGAUGAUGAAGAUGAUGAUGUUGCUGAUACAAUGAAAUUAUCCGCUCGAUCUUUAAAGACUACUCAACGUCAUCCAUUCGAUAGUGAUGAUGACGAUGAUGAUGAUUAA